AUGGAAAUACAGAAAUUAAAUAUUGUUUAAUAUACUAAGAGUUGGUAAAAAGUUUAAAAGACUCUACUACAUUAGAUACAUAAAAAACUAAUAUUUUAUCUGAGAUUUUUUGGAAUUCUUCUCAUAAAGUAAGAGAGGCAUUGGCAUUUAAUGUUAUAAAAAUUGAUGCUUUAAUUUGAGAAACCAAAAUCAAAGAGUUUUGUUAAAAUUUAUUACAAAAGUUAUGGAUUUAUGAGAAACAUGGUGAUCUUAGAAAUAUACUUAAAAAUAAGGGAAUGA